AUGCCCCGACAACAACAGCUGCUCCAACGUCCACCAAAGCUCUGCCCCAGGAGCAACCACCACAGUAACCGCAGGAGCAACAACCACAGCUGCCCCAGUAGCAACCACCACAGUAACCGCAGGAGCAACAACCACAGUAGCUCAAGGAACAACCACUGCUGCCCUAGGAGCAACAACCACAGUUGCCCCAGGAGCAACUACCACACAGGCCCAAGUAGCAACUACCACAGUAACCCCAGGAGCAACAACCACAGCUGCCCCAGGAGCAACCACCACACAGGCCCCAGUAACAACCACCACAGUAACCGCAGGAGCAACAACCACAGUAGCUCAAGGAACAACAACUGCUGCCCUAGGAGCAACAACCACAGCUGCCCCAGGAGCAACUACCACACAGGCCCAAGUAGCAACUACCACAGUAACCCCAGGAGCAACAACGACAGUAGCCCAAGGAACAACAACUGCUGCCCUAGGAGCAACAACCACAGAGGCCCCAGUAGCAACUACCACAGUAACCCCAGGAGCAACAACUACAGUAGCUCAAGGAACAGCAACCACAGUAGCCCCAGGAGCAACCACCACAGCUGCCCCAGGAGCAACAGUCACACAGGCCCCGGUAGCAACUACCACAGUAACCCCAGGAGCAACAACUACAGUAGCUCAAGGAACAGCAACCACAGUAGCCCCAGGAGCAACAGCCACAGUAGACCCAGGAGCAACUAGCACAGCUGCCCCACAAACAACUACCACAUCUUCCCCAGGGAUAACCACUACAACAACAACAGUAGUGGAUGAAACAGUAGUAGUAGCUACAGCAGUUCCACCAGCAGCCUCAGCCCCAGAGCCAACAACUGCUGCCUCCUCUGCAGUCACGAAUAAAACCAGUUUGCUUUUAGUCAUAGCAGUUUUUACAGCAAUUCUUUGCAAUUAAGAACUGGACACGGACAAUGGUCUAAUUUCCACAGCAUUUAGCCCCUAUCCAUAGGCUUACUAUGUAUUAUUUAUGAAGAAACUCAAGGAUUUGUUUAAUUUUUUCAUUAUUUAUUGUGACUUCACCUGUGCUUUUAAAUAUGUGUCAUGUUUGAACAUACUUUAUCUGUGACUUUUUCCAAAUACAAAACCAAUUUCAUGAGAACAGAUCUAAUGUAAAGUACAUGUUUUACACCAAUUAAGUGUACUGACAAACAUAUAUGCAUAUUUGUUUGACCUAACACAAGCUUAGACACACAACUUUUACUAACUGCUUGACACUGACAGAGAACCAUAUGAACCACAUACAGUGAGCAGGCACAAUAUAAAAGCUCUUACAUCUAAUGUAAUCAAGGAGAGAUUUAAUAUCCAUAGUCGAGUUAUUUUGUAUUUGAUUGCAUUACACUGUAAGGAACAUUGUCUAGCAUUCUGUGGUGAUUGCUCUGUAGUGUACAUUUGUAUAUAUAUAUAUAUAUAUGUUAAAAUGCAAUAUUUAAUGUAUUAAAGUGUAAAAUGCAAAUAACAA